CGAGGAAUGAACCUGCAUUUCGAGCAGAUGCUUUGAUUCUGCUCUUUUUUGGUCUAAAAUACCUGUCGGAGACAUAUCACGGCAUAUUGGCCAAUACCAAGCACUACUUUGCCGUUAGACCACUUGCAUCGCAGCAACCAUGACGAGUGUCGACGAGCUCUUCAAAAAGCCGCUUCCUGCAGGGAGCUCGAAGCGCAAGUUUGAGCCUGUCCAGGACCCUAGUACGCCCCCUCCUAAUCCCCCGCAUACGAGCCUCCGACAGCUUGCUAACAAAACACUCAAGAUGAGCUAUACAAAGCGGCCAAGCUGGACUCCAAUGGCGACGUGA